AGAUUCCAUCCUCUUAAGGGCACCUGCACCAUCUCCACACAGCAUCAUCAAAGUAUCAUUCCAGUAAUCAUCUCUUGACGCUGCCACACGCUGGUCCGGUGACGAUGGGGCACAAGGUCUAUCCUUUUCCCACUGUGGAUGUGCCAGACCACGCCCACUACAUCAUUGGGUCGUUCAUUCUUGCUAUCGGGAUCACCGGGAUGGUUGGCAACUUCCUGGUAAUCUAUGCCUUCAGCAGGAGCAGGAGUCUAAGGACACCCCCUAAUAUGUUCAUCAUCAACUUGGCCAUCACAGACUUCCUUAUGUGUAUAACCCAGACUCCCAGCUUCUUCAUCAACAGCAUGCACAAAAGAUGGAUCUUUGGAGAAAAAGGUUGCGAGCUCUAUGCCUUCUGUGGUGCCCUGUUCGGGAUUUGCUCUAUGAUCACUCUCAUGGUCAUAGCUGUGGAUCGCUACUUUGUCAUCACGAGACCGCUGGCCUCCAUUGGGGUGUUGUCAUGCAAACGAGCCCUGCUCAUCCUCACUGCUGUCUGGGCCUACUCAUUGGGCUGGAGUUUGCCACCUUUCUUCGGCUGGAGUGCCUAUGUUCCCGAAGGUCUACUGACCUCCUGUUCCUGGGACUACAUAACCUUCAGCCCCUCUGUCCGUGCAUACACCAUGCUGCUCUUCACCUUUGUCUUCUUCAUCCCUCUCAUUGUCAUCAUGUACUGCUAUUUCUUCAUCUUCCGUGCCAUCCGUGCUACCAACAAAGCUGUGAGCGACAUCAACGGAAGCAACUGCAAGGACUUCGUUCGGAGAUUUCAUCGCUUGAGGAAUGAGUGGAAAACGGCCAAGAUUGCCCUGGUUGUGAUCCUUCUCUAUGUAAUUUCCUGGUCCCCCUACUCCACAGUGGCACUGACAGCCUUUGCAGGGUAUGCCAACAUCCUCACCCCUUACAUGAACUCCAUCCCUGCUGUGAUAGCCAAGGCUUCUGCCAUCCACAACCCCAUCAUAUACGCUAUCACGCACCCAAAAUACAGGUCAGCCAUUGCCAAAUACAUCCCGUGCCUUGGCGCCCUGCUCUGUGUCCGACAAAAGGAGCACACCUACACCAGCAGUUUCAUAUCCACACGCCGUUCGACUGUCACCAGCCAGAGUUCCGACGUCAGCGGUCAGCUCACCCGUGCUGGGAAGCCUCGUCUCUCCUCUGGCUCCGACAGCGAGUCUGGCUGGACAGAUACCGAGACAGACCUUUCCAGCACUGGCUCGCGCCCUGCCAGUCGCCAAGUGUCCUGUGAGAUUAGCAGGGACACCGCAGAAGUGCCGGCCUACAAGCAGCAACUCUCCAAGGUCAAGCUGAAGAGCCAUGAUUCAGGGAUCUUUGAGAAGAGCUCAGUUGAUGCAGAUGAUGUCUCCAUGGCUGAGAUGGGUCAGUCUGACUUCGGUUCCCCUCCUUCUCCGUUCCAGCAUGGCCAACGACAGUUUGGGGGCAGGAUUUAUCAACAUCAGGCCACUGACAUCUAUCCCACGGAGACCUCUUCCACCUUCCAGUGACGCAGAGAUGUC